CGCGGUUGAUAGGGUUAAGUGGGCAUUCUCUAUGUUACGCCUACGAUGGGUGCUCGAGCCACAGACGCAAAACGUAGGCGCAGUAUGGGCCACAGUAACGAACUAUCCGUUGCUUUCAAAGUAUGCAAACUAUUGGUGCAGAGCAAGAGCAACAGGAACGCGUAUUGCUGCCUUUGGUAUCGGAACCGCUGUCACAGGAAAGUAUGCCGAACGAUCAGCAGGGUAGCGCGUCUGAUUCGUCUUCAAGCGUGCGGGACCAGCUAUUUCGCGCAGAUCAACAGGAGCGGGAUGAGGCAAUAGUUGAGCCACCGUUGGACCAAAUGUCGCCGCCGCCGCAAGGUGGGCCGCAAGGACAACAGAAUGCGAUAUUGUCUGCAUUGCUUUUUAACUGCAUAUAUUGAACGUCAUCCAACAAUUAAUCUUGGACAAGCCGGGCCUUCCGAAGGUCAGAACGUUCUAAGAGACGAACGUGUCCCAUUGCCAGAUGGAAUGCAAAUCGCAAACAUUAGACAAGUAGUUGAACAGCUGCCUGAAGCAGUAAGGGAUAUGAAUCCUCUGGAAACGAAUCAGAACAUGUUGAUGGAUGAGGGUCGGCAGGCUUCACCUCCACCUCAACCUCAACCUAUGGAACCAGCCUUUUUACCUCAUUUUCCAUUUUCACAACCUCAGCCAAUCCCCGUUGAAGAUGGGCAUGUAUUUGUGCCUUGGCCAGUAGGAGAAGUGCCUGAGAAUGAGGAAGGACAUGGUCUGGAUAUUGUACCUGUGGGAGGUAUUCGACUGCACCACGGGCGUGAAAGGCAGGGACUGUAUGGUGUCGCUGACGUCGUGUCGCGGCAUCGUCGUCCUAACUUUGAGCGCCAGUUUGGUCGUCAAACCCGUCACUACCGUGAAGCUUUUCUACAAGAAGCCCAGAAAGCUCGACAGGAACUCGAAAGCAGUGACAACGUUGCUGAAGUAGAGCCAGCAAUGGCUUUAGUUAAUGUCCUUCCUAGUGCUGAUGACCAAGAAAAAUUGGGUCUCAAUCAUGAAGAACCAGUUGGACCAGUUGAAGCAGAACAGGCUGUACAAUUGGCGCAAGAUGCCGAUGUAGUUUACAAUUUGGAAAAUACUGUGCGUAAUGUUAAUGGUCAGUUGUAAGCUGUAGAAUAUAAAGUAUAAUCCCACAAUAAAAAGAAUUAAGUACGUUUUAUGCUAUAGUUCUAUAGC